AUGCAUCUCAUGUACCACCUCGACGCCGAAGGCAAGCGUGUCUAUACGCUCAAGAAGAUCGUCGACGGCCAGGCUACCAAGUCUGCCCACCCGGCCCGCUUCUCGCCCGACGACAAGUACUCUCGCCAGCGCGUCACGCUCAAGAAGCGUUUCGGCCUUCUCCCCACGCAGCAGCCGAGCGGCCAUGGGCGCGUAAGCGGUGCCUCUGACAACAAGGCUCUUUCCACCAAGGCUGGCGUUAAUGGUGUUUUGAACGGCGGAUAUCAUGGCUCUAAGGCGGCGUUCGGAGAUGGUCCUUUCAAGGGCACUGUCAGCAUUCAGUCAGGUUCUAAGAAGAAGAACACGGGAGAGGGUGGCAAAUUCUACGACAAGAGCCAGAAGGAAGGCAAGAAUGAUGAGGAUCACGAGAUGGUCAGCGAUGAUGGCUCGCUCGCUUCUUCCAACACCACCACUUUGGUUAUCCGUUCUGGUCGCCAGCCUACCCAACCCUGA